AUGACAGAGAAUCUGGCAAUGGCCACCGUCAUCAGCCUGACUUCUCACAAUCGACGAUUGGAUCGUCUAGAGACUACUGUGGCUGCACUUGUCCAACGACUAGACGCCGAGACCGGGCAACAUAGAGACACUGCACGAAACGGAGACGAUGCGGGCGAUUCGAAGUAUCCAUCACGGCGUCCCUCUUCGCCUCCUGCUGAUAGUGCUCCCGUUUUCAUGAUCCGAGAUGCUGCCACUGGAAUAGGACUAGAAUCUCCUAGUGCCACACAGGCAACUCCGGCUCACUCUCAUGGAGUUCUCGAGCUUGCUGGUAUAUCAAGACAGGAUGCGCUGUCCAUGGUAUCCAUGUUCGCCUACCACUACGGUCGCUGGGUUCGCUUCGAUGAGUCCGCUAACCCGGAACACCUCCUCGCUGAUUUGCAGAAUACACCUCUUCUGCUCUGCAGUGUGCUUCUCAUAGCUGUACGCCACAUUUCCAGCACGUCUGCAACGACCUCGGCUUCCGUACUGCUCAACGAGGCUCAGAGUCUACUAGCAAGCUCCCUGCUUGGCGUUGCAGCAGAUUUAUCGUUCUUUCGGUCGGCACUUAUCCUGAGUUUGUGGUCCACCACGGUCGGUCAAGCGCCUCUAACCAUGGACGGUUGGCUUCUGACGGCUUAUGCAUUGCAACAAGCCUCCGUGUCUUCUGUCUUUGGCUCAUUCACUCGCAAAGCUCCUACAUACUUAGAUGGAGACGAGCUGGAUGCGUGGUAUAUCUGGAACCACUUGUGUUUAGCACAUCUACAGUACUGCAUAGGCAUGCAACGAAAGCCAGCAAUUGCAUAUACACAGAUCAAACAACACGUACGGCUCUUCGACAAGAUACAGAGUAGUUUGCGGACCAAUUUCGAGGAACGGAUGCUCGCAGAAAUCGAACUAUACUGGAUCAUUUACGAUCAAAGUUCUUCUCGCACCACUGACAGGAGGGAAGCCGAAAGGACGCUGCAAAACUGGAGAAAAGAGUGGACUGCACUGUUCCAGCAACCGCGGUCGCAGUUCCUUGUCAUGGGUGAUCAUUUCGCACUGCUUCUACUUGCCAGUCGAUCAAAGUCAAGGAUUGCCAACGACGAUGAAGCACUUUCCGAGCUCGUUCGGCUUUCAACAUCAAUUCUGAACCUGUUCCUGAAUACUGAUGAUGAUCGAAUACAGCAUUUGACCGAUCACAUUUACCACAUCUUCACAUUUGCUGCGAUCACCUUAUGUCGUCUCCUCGAAGCACACGAGGCACGACUUCGAAAGUCUCACGACGUUGCCUCCCUCGAUUCUCUAGUAAGCAGGCUGGUAUUGUGGCUAAAAUCCGUGGGACCCAAGAGCCACGUCGCACACAUGCUUGGCAGUGUGGUUGCUUCCGAGCAGAAGCGACUGCGACCAGAGUCUCAGCCUACACCUAUCGGGAGCAUCGCAUCUGUCGAGUCGUUGCAGUAUGAUUCUACAUUGAUGUUUCCAGACUUCUUCGAGGCCUUUGACAUGGACGCAGAGAGCAUGUGGCCGACUUGGGAUGUAGGCCAUAUAGAAUGA